UAGGUUAGAUCGGUGCUGAUCGCUGAUAAUCCGAGUGGCACUGCCAGUUUUCAACGAUCUGUGAACGUGCUAGCAUCUGUCUGUCGAUGGCCCACUGCACGCCGGCCUCCUCGGGUUCAAAUCCUUUGGCCUACGUGCCCUGCGUGACCUUUGCCCCUGAACAGCACGUGGUUAAGGAGCAGCGCAUAGGACCACUCAUUGCCGAGCAGCAGGCACAGCAGCGUCUCUUCUAUGGUUUGGAAAUAAUGCCACGUUCUAGAGGCCAGCCGGUUUGCUUGGAUUUCAACCGCUUCCUGCCGGUUCUGCCCAUAUUCGUUAGCCUGGUCUGGCUGGGCCCGAAUUACUGGGAUGUGGAGCCCAUAGACCAGGUGGAUAGCCUACAGCUGGCCAUGCAUCUAGCCUCUAAAAUACCCGUGAUGCCGCACUUGACCCUCUAUAGGCUAAAUGAUGAAAGGUUGGAUCAGUUUUUGGAUCUUAACUUUCGCAAUGUUUUGGCCUUAAGGGGAGAUUCGGUUUACUCGGGACAGAAAUAUACCAUAAGUAAAUCUAUUGUGGAAAGAGCGAAAAGAAGGUCAGGGGAUACAAUAUCCAUCUGCGUGGGUGGCUUUCCAGAGGGCUAUAAUAAUAUAACCGAAGGGGUAGAGCCAGAUCUAACAAGUCACAUACAAUUCCUGAAAGAAAAGAUAUCUGCUGGUGUAGAUUGCAUCAUCACCCAGGUGUGCUAUCGACCUGAGGCCAUUAUCCGUUUCGUGAGACAAGUCCGGGCAGCUGGCAUUACGGUGCCCAUCAUGGUGGGAAUUAUGACUCACCAGAGCUUCACUAAAUACACCUUCAUGGAGAAUUUAACAGGGGCCAAACUAUCACCCGAUUUACGCCAGGAACUUGUCCAGAUUCAGAGUGAAUCUGACCUAACUAAAAGAUUUUUUAUUCGCCUCAAUGUUCAUAUUAUAAGAAGUAUUCUAGAGGCUGAUUUAAAUGUAUUUGGCUUCCAAAUCUUUACCAUGAACAAUUUUGAAGCUGUUGAAGCUUUGCUAAAGGAACUUCAUCUUCAAAAAUUAUUUGGUAACAAGGAAACAGAGCUAGGAAACUCCAAUUAAGUCUCGCUUGAACUUUAGGAAAUGAUUUGAAAAUAAAUUCAGUUUGAGGCUAUAAAAACACACUUCCAAAAUUACUUCCUGUAUAACAAAUCCUAAUAGUAAAAUACAUAUUAUUUAUGAUAAUAUCUGUAACGAAAA